UAUUUCCAUCGUUGCUGUCUUGUGAUCUGUGUGCACACAAAACACACCACUAUGAUACAUAUCAUAUGAUGCAAAAUGUUCAAUAAUUACUUGCAAUAAGUGUGUAGUUCCAUCCUAGUUGGGUCUCAUGUGCAGGGGCCGUGUGGCGCCUCUUCUGUGGUGGCUCGACAGGAAGCUCACAGUGGUUAAAACCCAGAGUAGUGGCGUGAGUUCUGUGUAAAAAGGCAAAGAAAAAGAAGGAACCUGAGAUGGGCUAAACCCAGAGAAAGAAGUGGUAGAAAACCUCUUCGCUCAUAUCGACAUGAAUAUUUUCCCCCACAGUUCCCUGUUUCUCUUCCUGCUGCAGUAUUAGUCUGUGGGGUUUUCAGAAGCAGAGCGACAGAGUGUCAGUGCUGGAUGUGAAAAUGGGGCACACUUUGCUCUGUGCGCUGUCAUUAUUCCUGCUGCCACUCCUCUACUGUGGACAGGCUGAAGAUGCUGCGUUGACCCUUGAACCAAGAUCAUCCUAUUUAUUUACUGGAGAGUCCGUGACCUUCAUAUGUGACAUGAAUGAGAGAAAUGACACUGACUGGUAUUACAAAUUCACCUGGAAUGGUCAACAGAUUGUCUCCUUCAAUUCGAGGAAGUCCUACUCGCUCGAGCUAACGGAAGACCUGAGCGGUGACUAUCAGUGCAUCGGCCGCCACGAAGGCUCAACAAAUCUUACAAAACAUAGUAAUAAGGUCAUUCUCUCUGUAUCAGCACUCAGACCCACGGCCACUCUGAGAGCAGACAGGACAUCCAUACCAGCAGGUGGCACUCUGACACUCACCUGUUCUGUUGAGGGCUCCGGGGACUGGAAAUACGACUGGUUCACACGUAACCCAGACUCUCAUGAAACUAAGAUGGUAACGGAAGGUGUGCAAAACUCUGUCAGCGUGUCACACGAAGGCAUCUACCGGUGCAGAGGAAGAAGAGGAAACCCAGUUUUCUUCACAAAGCACAGUGAUAUGCAUCGCAUUGAGAAAACUUUGCCCAUCAAGACCUAUGUGACCCUGACAUACAACUGGACUCAGAUAUACAGCGGUGAGAUGAUCAUUGUCAGAUGUGAGAUCCAGGGAGGCGGAGACACCGACUGGGAAUAUGAAUGGAGAACAACCAGCUCAAACGCACCUCCCACACACAGUGAAUACAGGCUUAGCAGUGCCUCUGCUUCCUACAGUGGAGACUACUGGUGCAAGGCUAGAAGAGACUUGUAUUCUUCAACAGAGUGGAGUCAGGCCUUCACACUUACAGUGUCAUCACAUAAACCCAGGCCCACAGUUAUGGCAGAUAAGAGAACCUUACCGGUAAAUGGCAACGUUACACUGACCUGCUCUGUGGAAAACUCAGCUGAGUGGAAAUACGACUGGUUCAGACGUACCUCACACUCUUCUGAAGCUCAGGCCAUAAGAGCUGGUGAACCAGGCAAAGUUAUCAGUAUCUCACAUGGAGGCAUCUACCACUGCAGAGGAGGGAGACGAGACACAGCUUUCUCCACAGAGAACAGCGAGUCAGUCACAAUUGAGAAAACAGUUUCCAACAAGGCUGUUGUGUUCCUGCAACCCAACUGGCCUCUGGUAUUCACUGGUGAGACCAUCACCAUUAGAUGUGGGAUUCACGGAGGUGGAAGCACCGAGUGGGAGUAUGAAUGGAGCAAACCCAAGUCCAGUACGGUUUCAGCAUACGAUGAAUACAGGAUCGACAGUGCAUCUGUGUCCGACAGUGGGAACUACAGGUGUAAGGGUAAAGACAAACGGGACUUGUUUUCCUCGACAGAGUGGAGCGACGUCAUCACGUUGACAGUUUCUGCAGACAGACCAACUGCUAACCUGAGUGCUGACAACAGAGCGUUUGCAGCAGGGGGCAGGGUGACACUGACCUGCUCUGUGAACCCAUCAUCAUCUGGUUGGAAAUACUACUGGUACACAGGCGAGAAAACCUCUGAACCACUGACGACACAAGAUGCUGCUUCCCACUCAAGUGGAGAAGUCAGUGUCUCACAGGAAGGACUCUACUGGUGCAGAGGAGGAAGAGGAGACCCAGUGUACUACACAGAGUUCAGCGACCCUGUCAACAUUCAUAAAACUGUCAGCAACAGGGCUGUUGUGACUGUGCAACCAAACUGGCCUGAGAUAUACAGAGGAGAGACAAUCACACUUCGCUGUGAGAUCCAGGGAGGAGACACUGAGUGGACGUAUGAAUGGAUGACAACCAGCUCAUAUAAACUUUCAAACAACAAUGAAGAGAGGAUUAGGUUGUCGUCUUCAUCACAAAGUGGUGACUACUAUUGGUGUAAGGGCAGACUGAAAAGUGCACAACAGAAUUCAACAGCAUGGAGUGUUCCCUUCAAAUUCACAGUAUCUUACACAUCACAACCUGUCCUCACUGUGUCUCCAUCAUGGCUGAGUCCUGGAGCCUCAGUAACUCUGAAGUGUGAGGUUAAACAUCCAUCUGCAGGAUGGAGGUUCUACUGGUACAAGGCUGUUCCCAGAUUGUCCAAAAUCAACAUGUAUAACCGCUACCACUCUGUACGUGGACGCUGGAUAGAUUUUGAUUACUACAACUCCUACAGCUAUGAGCUGCUCCCUGGAAGCAGCAGUGGGACUGAACAGGAUUCCUACAUCGUCCAUGGUCAGACACACACAGCAGGAUAUGUGUGUAAGGCUGGAAGAGGAGACCCAGUGAUUUACACUGAGACAAGUAAACUAAAGUUUGUCUGGUCUGGAGAUGUUCAUCCAGCAGCGUCUCUCACAGUGAGUCCUGGCGGAGCGCAGCACUUCACGUCUGACUCCGUCUCACUGAGCUGUGAGGGAAACUCUACUGAGUGGAGAGUGAAGAGGUUUCCUGAUGACAGCUCCCUGCCAUACUCUUCAUACUGCUCUACGACAAGGACUGGAUCCACCUGCAACGUCCAUGGUCUCUUACCCAGGAAUGAUGCGUACUGGUGUGAGUCUGGAUCAGGACAGUUCAGCAACGCAGUCAACAUCACUGCAAGUUAUUCUGUUAUUAUCCUGGUGAGCCCCGUCCAUCCCGUGAACGAGGGAGAUUCUGUUUCUCUUCACUGCAAAUUGAGGCCAGGACUCUCAUUUUAUUCUAAUUUCGCUUUCUACAAAAAUGGCAACGUCAUCCACAAUGACGACAGUGGGGUGCUGAAUAUCUCUGCGGUGUCAAAGUCAGACGAAGGUUUCUACAAGUGUGAACAUUCAGGAAAUGAGUCACCAGAGAGUUGGAUGUCAGUAAAAUCGUCUCGCUCUUCAUCUCCCGAGCCGCUGGUCGUCGGGCUGGUUAGUGGUGUCGCGCUGGUUGUUCUCCUGCUGCUGCUACUGUUGUGCUGGUGCAGGAAGUCAAAGAGUGAGACCUUUUCCUUCUUUGCUGUAGAUCAGUUACUCCCUGCUUGUUCAAAAAUCAUUGUCACGACAUGGAGCAGUGAUUCAGUUUGCGUUUCAAAAUCAUGCAACGUAAUGAUUAUUGUCCUGUUCACAGAUCCGUGUUGCAACAGGCCCGUCCAGUCUGAAAAGAUCGACCAGGGCUCUGCUACGGACCAAACUGUCAACCGAGAUGCAAAUCAACAGCAAAUAUACUCGUCUCUUCUCCACGGUGACGUCUGUGUCUAUGAAUCAAUCAGAGGCUCUGAAAACACUGGGAAUGGAAACCGAGAUGAUCCAGUUGACAGGUCUGACUACUAUAAUGUGAAUCCAGAUGCAGCUGCAGGUCCAUAAAGAGAGGUGCAUCAUCGAGGAAGACAAAAGAAGCGUGAAAAAAACAUUUACGUUUCAAGAAACGCUUCACAGCAUUUGCACAACUGCUGCCAUCCAAAUGUUAGACACAGUAUCCUGUGCAGUUAUAUAGCAAAUCAUAUGAAAGAAAGACACGGCCAGCAUUAAUAACAAAACUGCUGAGACGAUUUGCUUUUGUGUUUAUGCUCAUUAUGUAAAUCUUUGUUGCAACCAUUCUGUAGGUUAGACGGCGUAGGACUGCUGUACUUUUAAAGUCAGCCGUGAUGUUAUACAUUCAUAUAUAAUGGUCAUUAUUCACACACACCUCCGCUCGCUUGUCAUGACGCUAUGACUGCCAAGACCUUACAGGAUAAACACAACCACUUCUGUUCUGAUAUGGAAUCGUUUAAAUGGAUUUGCCAGUUUUUCAAAGUGGAAAUGAGAUGUAAUGGAUGCUCUUGUUGUCUUAGAAGAGAUGUGGCAACUUUGUAGAAGUUUGCCUUUUACAAACUGAGUGACUUUAUGUGGGUUGUUGUAUGAUUGUAAAUAAAUAUUUGUAUAAUUUUUUAAUAUUAUCUAUUUUUCACCAUAUUGUAUCACUUAUUUUUACUUUAUCUCAUGUUUUUCUUCUAAAAGAAAUUGGGUUUAUAAAUAAAUAUAAUGAGGUGACGU